CGCGAAGCAGAAACGGAUCAAACAAUUCAUCAUUAAUACGCAGAAUUUCUCUGUUCAUAAGAAAAAUCACAAACGUUUCUUCUUUCGUCCCAAUUGGUCUCCUCUCUUUUCUCCACGGCUCCCUCUGCGUUGUUUUCUAAGCUAUUUUUUGUCUGACCUUCAUGAAUUGGAGAAGCAUCACUGCGCUUUCUGUUUCCUCUGAAGUGGGAAACAAACACAUCACUCUUUUCUUGAUUCUGUGUCCUCUCAUCCAGAGAUUCUUUGGAACCCUUGUUGCAUUUGAGAAUUAUCUUCUCUUCAGGGUAUUGUGAGGUGUUUUACGUUUUAUAAUUUUGUUCUUGGGGUAGAACCAGUGGAGCAUUUCUCCCCCUGUGGGUGACCCGACCAGAGGCGGGAAAUAUUUUGGGCAUCCUUGCAUUUGUAUUAAAAUUUGAAACAAGUAAAAAACUUCUCAUCGCAAAGGAAAUGUGAGGUUUGAAGCCAAGACACUCUUCAGUUAGCACUGCAAAUCAAGUGAGCAAGUGCACAAUCAGUUUAGCUCUACAACUUCAACAAAUAUCUCGACUCAUUUAUUUUUAUGACUCUUUGCGAAACUAAAUAAAAAAAAUUCAUACCCACAGUGGAACGGGACCCUGUUGUCACACUGUCUUGACCUCCCCAGGGCUGACUGACUGAUUCUGGACCCAAAGCUUACUUUUUGAAGUGAAAAUGGUUUUCUUGGAGUUCUCACAAUUCUCGGGUAAGACACCUAUCCAGAGCAAUGUGAUUCCAUCAUUGAAACCGCAUGAUGUCCUGGUGCCGACUGAUGUAUGUUUGGAGUUCUCUGAUGUGUUUGGUCCUUUUCCUGCUCAAUCACCAAUCCAUGAAAACUGUGUAGGGACAGAUAUUAUUUACACCCGCUCUCAUUCUUUGGUCGGUCCAACAGAAUGUACUAACAAAACACAAAGGCUUAGUAGACUCACGUUACGUGAGAAUGAGGACUCUCUGGUACUUGUAGCGGGAGCCUCUGAGGAGACCAAUGGGGAAAACCAGUCUUCAUUUGAGAGUGAUUCUAAGGUUGAAGAAGGCACUUUUUAUUUUCCAAAAGCAGUGGUUGGUCUUGAUGACUUUGAGGUCUUGAAAGUGGUUGGCCAAGGUGCGUUUGGAAAAGUUUAUCAGGUGCAGAAGAUUGACACCUCUGAAAUAUUUGCGAUGAAGGUGAUGCGGAAAGAUAAGGUUUUGGAGAAAAGUAAUCUUGAGUAUAUGAUCAGUGAGAGGAAUAUACUUACCAAAAUUGACCAUCCUUUCAUUGUGCACCUUAGGUACUCAUUUCAGACCAAAUAUAGACUCUACCUUAUUUUGGAUUUUGUUAAUGGGGGACAUCUUUUCUUUCAACUCUGCCGUCAAGGCUUAUUCAGAGAAGAUUUAGCACGUGUCUAUACUGCUGAGAUUGUAUCUGCUGUUUCCCACCUCCAUGAAAAUGGAAUAAUACACAGGGAUCUUAAACCUGAAAAUAUACUUCUGGAUGUAGAGGGUCAUGUUGUAAUAACUGACUUUGGUGUUGCCAAGCAAUUUGAUGGGAACUCCCGAUUCAACUCUAUGUGUGGAACAUUGGAAUAUAUGGCACCUGAAAUUAUCCUUGGGAAGGGUCAUGACAAGUCUGCAGACUGGUGGAGUGUGGGAGUUCUCUUGUAUGAGAUGCUCACUGGAAGGCCUCCCUAUUUUGGUGGGAACCGACAUAAACUUCAGCAGAAGAUCAUAAAGGAUAAGAUUAAGCUCCCUGCAUACUUGUCCAAUGAUGCACACUCGUUGUUGAAAGGGCUUUUACAAAAGGAGACAAGCAAGCGCUUAGGCAGUGGACUGAAAGGCAGUGAUGAGAUAAAAGCCCACAAGUGGUUCCACCCCAUUAACUGGAAGAAACUAGAAGCUCGGGAAAUCCAGCCCAGUUUUUGUCCAAAAGUUGCUGGGAAACACUGUGUAGCCAAUUUCGACACCCAAUGGACUGCCAUGCCCUUGCUGGAUUCUCCUGCUUCUAGUCCUAAAGGACAUGAAAACCCUUUCAGGGGUUUUACUUAUAUGAGACCCGCACAUCCACACAACCCUUCCAAUCAUCUGUAAAUGAAUUCAGGUAACAUUUGAUAAACCGCAAUGAAAUGCAAUCAACCACUUCAUCCCUUUCAAAAGGAAAAAGUCACGUUCAAUCUUUUCUCCCUGUCCAGUCAUGGUUUAAGAGUCGAUUUUCAUUUUCUAAGCAAUUUGUUUGUAAAGUCACUCCAAGUAAUUUUGGAAAUAAGCUCUAGAGGUAUAUAAUUGAUCAUUUAUAACUUGUAAAAGUAAAGCUUGUACUGUGAUCAAGUUGAUUAAAAACAAAAAAUUGUACCUCACUCAAUUAAGACUGUAUUUUAGGAUGCAGUAUAUUUUUAGUGUAUAUUUGCAUUAGACACUCAUUUGAUUACAUCACGGUUUACCAAAUGUUUCCUAAACACAUGCUGCCUGCUUUUGCUGUAAAGCGCAGUCACUCUUCUGUUGGCAUUGUAAUUUUUGUCUUUUUUCUAUUCUGUUGCUCCUGGCACUUGUGUGUAGUAUGGAGCAUAUUAAGCAAAAUAACAUAUACGUCCAGGUAUAUCUAUACCAAAAUAUGAUAAUUUAGAUUAAUAUGGACAGUUGAUUAAGUAACCUCACGUGAAGUAAAUUGUAUAUGGUUGCUUAGUUUCUGCUGUUCACUUUGGAAAAGUGCCUGAUAGUGCAUAUGACAAUUUGAGCAAACAAUUCCUUUUUAACUCAUUGGAUAACUAAAGUAAAAAAAACUCAUUGGAUAACUUACUUUUACACAGGGUCAAUAGGAAUGUAUGAAUGUGUCCGAUCUGUUUCGGGUCCGAUAUUGGUGCUAGUCUAGGACUCAGCCGUAAAAGAAAAUUCCCUAAAUAGGACUACAACAUGGAUAUAGUUAGUGCUGGACUCGGGCCGGGCGGCCCGGCCCGGCCCGGCCCGGUUACUGUUUGGCCCGGCCCGGCCCGGGGCCCGGUGGGUCCCUCGGUUCGGUUCGGCCCGGCCCGGUUUGGCCCGGAACCGGGACCGGAACCGGCCACCGGCGGUUCGGGCUCGGGCCUCCCUUUCCUGGCCCGAGGCCCGGCCGGGCCCAGGCCCGAACCGGGCCCGAACCGGCCCGAGUCCAGG